AUGAAAUGUCACCCUCGCGAGCACACUUGGUACACCAUCGGCGUGGCGGUGUCGUGCAGCGACAGCAGCAGCGGGGUCAGCUUGAGCGCGAGCAGCUCGGGCAGCGACAUAACCGAGCCGGGCUCGCCGUGCACCAGCGUGAGCAGCGACGAGGGUCUCGGCGACCUGGGCACCGGCUCGCGCAGCAGCCCCACCCGGGACGAGAGCUCGACGCGCCCCGGCGAGACCACCGCUGCCCCGAGCGGUGGCACCAACCUUGCGAGCAAGCUGGCGCCGACACAGCAACAGCCGUCCACGAGGCCCCAGUGGCCAUGGGUCCCACCGUUGGCGCUCGCCCCCUGCUCCAACGGCUACAAGAGGCUCAAGGCUGAGCCCGAGCACGGCUGCCUUCCCAGGCAGACUGGACAGCAGCACACAAAAACCCCGACGCCCCAGCACCACCAAACCCCCACCAACAAGAUCCCCCAACAGCAGCAGGACAGUCAGGGCAAGAUCACCGAGUACUUCAAGGCCCAGAUCAAGCCCCAGCAAUCCAAGGCGAAGAAACAUCAAUUGACCGAGGCUACGGUCAUGGUGGCCAAGACCUCGGAGUUCCGUAGACCAGCGACCGUACAGCGCAACGGUAAGAUGGGCCUCGCCAAGUACUACUUGGGCAACGGCAACCGCACGGCCACUGCCGAUUGGGAGACCCACUCCUUCAAGCACAACAAAUCGCAGCCCAGGACGAUUGGCAAACUGGACAAAAAGUCCACAGUAGUAGCAGCAACAGCAGUGGUUCAUCAGGACAAGAGUAAUUGUAAAACGACGACGACGAUGAAAAACCCGGGACUGCCCCUACUGCCAUUACCGAGCGAAAUGCUCUCGACCCUGCCAUCUUGCAAGAUCUCCAAUCUGAGGCUCACUUCCGAAGCGAGUCCCAGCGAUUCGCCACUACCCAGUGGUCCCGACUCCCCCACGAGUUUGGACGGCGACCAAUCCACAGGGUUCAAAGCGACGUUGCAUUCCCCGAAGCCAGUCCACGUGAACGAGAACAACAACGUGACGUCGAGCGGCAGAGGCGAGGAAAUGGGCUCGCUGUUCAGUUUGCGUGGCUCGCCGGCGACACCGAGCGAUUCGGCCAAGGACGAGGACGAGGAGACGUCGAGGGACAGCGCCGAGUCGAAGUCGGCGUUCGUCUCGCCGAUACUGUCGACCCCCAAGACGAUAAGGUUCCCCGUGAAGGAGCCCGGCAAGAAGAGGAGCCAGAGCACCGACACCGGAUUCUGCCGUUGGGAGAAGUGCGAAACCAACUUGGACACCUGCGGCGCCCUCCUCGAACAUUUACAGACGGCGCAUAUAAACACGCAAACGAGUCACGAUAACUUCGUUUGCCAUUGGCAAGGAUGCAAGGUCCAAGGGAAGACUUCGUGCUCGAGGCGAUGGCUCGAGCGCCACGUGCUGUCUCACGGCGGCAACAAACCUCACCCGUGCAUCUUCGACAGCUGCGGGUUUCGAUUUAGCUCCCAGACUGCGCUCGAAAGGCACGUGAAUAGUCACUUGAAUCAAACCGAAAGCAAUAAAGAGUCAACGUCGAGGAAGAGCUCGGAAACCAGUGGCAAACUAAUCAAGAGGAACGGAAAGAAGUUGAGAUAUAGAAAACAGCCGUACUCCGCACGAAAUGUCGACUACUUCGAUUCGGGAACAAUGCAGAAGUUGAAUCAAAAGCUGGAAAACAUUGAAAUGACAAGGACGCAAGGUUUUUUGGAUACGACACCUGGAGAUUCAAUGACCUUAACUAGUCAAGUGGUUGGAAAAAGAACAUUAACAGAUGGUACGGUCGAAAUGCUGCUGCGAUGGUAUCCAAGAAAUAUAGAACCAGACGAGUGGGUAUUGGAUGCGAAAAUUUCUACAACAAAGCACGUAAAAAUACGCAAGAUAGCGAAUGAAAAUCCGGAAGGACUCCACAACAUAUUGUACCCCGCGAUAUUCGAUAACAAGGACAUGGAAAAACAUGUGAAGCAGCGCCGAAAGCCAGUGAAGCCAGUGAAGAUCACGUGAUGACAGAGAAACAGCGUCAACCAUGUAAUCUGGAAUUAAUUAGUAAUAAAGUACCGCCGUUGUUGUCUAGUCUAUGACGAUCGUGCAAACGGAAAAACAAACCGAUUGACUGCGUGACGAGAUUUUAUACGCGUCACGAAAUAAGUAAUAUCCAGACUUGGAGAACUUCUUAACGAAUGAAGCAUAUUUAUAUAAUGUGUAUAUUUUAGCAUUAGAAAUAAUAACAGAUUAAAGGAAGAAUGAGAUAUCACAAAAGCUCAAACUAGCUCAAGAAAUGAAGAACUGACGAGAACAAAAUUAAAUCAAGUUUCGAUACGAUAAAUCGAUGGUACUAUAUUAUAUAUACUUUUUAAAGUCCAGCCUAAAGUUAACAAUUAACAAAGAAAAAAGUUGCGGAUUCUCGGAGCCUCAAAGAGUUUGAUGAUCCUGGGAGAGCCACAAAAGUGCCUCAUCAGCGUUUUAGCGAAUCUUUAAGCGAAAUUUAAAAAGAAACUAAAAUUAAACUUAAAACCACGAGGAAAAGACUUGUUUGAAAAGAUAAAAAAAAAAAAAAAAGAGGGAGAAGUGCUCAUUUGUCAAAUAAAGCUCGUUGUAAAAAAAAAGAAUAAUAAUAAUAAACAGAUAAAAAUAAUCAAUCACUCUGGUGGCCUUAAGGACUCAAUCGAUUCUGACAUCGAUCCUUCGGAUUCACACUAUUUUGGACAGUUGCAAAGUAUUAAUUCAAUAGAAGACGCAAAGAAGAGAGGAAAGUUUCUCAAAGUAUCAAGACACUUCAACCUCUUUAGGGAAUGCCAAUGUUCAGUUGGCCUCUUCGAUCGGUAGGAACAAGGAGGAAUAAUAUUAAAAUCUUUAAAUCUAACAAUCUUAAUCUAAUGCUUCUGUGUAAGCAGCUUGAAAGCGUUCCACCGAAAGUAAACUAAUUUGGUUUUCAAAGACGUGUUCAAAUAUACAAAAGCUAGAAAAUACGAAUUCUUGAAGCUAUGCGUUAUUUUUUUCCUAACUGAGGUUAUCAGUCUCAAUAAUAGUUUUCUAAAUAUUUUACAUUAAAUAUUCGUAUACAUGAAUACAUGUAUAUUUUUUUCCAAGUUUUUAUAGUGUUACAAAAGAUAGCUUAACAAUAAAUUCUAAGUGAAUUACUUACAAAAAUAUUUAGAAACAUAUAGUCUCCGUGAAAUUUGAAAGCUGGGUGAUAAAAGAUCAAUUUAAUCGUUACACAUCGGGAAGUAAAAGAAAAAAAAACAAUAAUUCCCCCUCUGUUAAAUAUUUUUAGAGGGAUAGUAGAAUGUACAAAUUAUCAAAGAAACCUAAUUUAUGCAUUUAUUUAUGAAAAAAAAUUCAUAGUUCCAAUACAGAUUUCUUGCUUGAGUAUUUUAUCAUCUUCAUUGCUUUUUUCAUUCUGAGACUUGAUUUUAACACUAGGAUGCACUUUUUUUAAAACUUGAUUUUUCAGUAAAUAAUAAUUAUUUCAAAUAGUUCGAGUAUUUUAACUUAUAAUGAACUAUGAGCUGAGUUUAGAUUUUGAAAUUUGACAAAACGAUGGUAGUACAAGUAGUAAUAAAUGAAAAAUAACAAAAGAGUGCACACUGGUAUUUUAUCGUAACGAGACUCAUGAAAGGCACAAGUACUGACAAAAUAAUUAAUUUUGAUUUUGUAUAAAAGCCCUUUACGAGCUGUUACCCUCACAUGGGUCAGAAAUGCGAAGGCUGUGAUCUCUAUUUUCCAUGCUCUAGUAUUACUAAAACAAGGUUUAUAAGCUUAGGAAAAAAGGUAGCAAAGAUAAUGAAAAUUGUUGCAUGUAUGGAAUAUACGUGUGAAUAGAAAUUAUGAAAUAA